AGCGUAGGGAAUCCAUCAUACUGAGGAAAUUCAUUCCCUGCUCUCCAAGCCGCCCAACCCAGACACCAUGAGCUACUGCUUCUCCAGCACCGUCUUCCCAGGUUGCUACUGGGGCAGCUAUGGCUACCCUCUGGGCUACAGUGUGGGCUGUGGCUACGGUAGUACCUACUCCCCAGUGGGCUAUGGCUUCGGCUAUGGCUACAACGGCUCUGGGGCCUUCGGUUGCCGAAGAUUCUGGCCAUUUGCGCUCUACUGAUUUGCUGAAAUAUCAGAGGCAUGGAAUCUUCUCCCCCAAACCCAAGAGGCGGACUUCCAGGUCCUCAGAGACUCAUCAGCCUCCCAGUUAGCUGCUUUUCACAUCGGCACCAGAGUCUCAAGGGAAGAAGAUGAAAAACUACUUGCCUCCAGCUGCCUUCCCUGCAUGAUGUUUGUUGGGACAUUUUGAGAAAUUUGACACCCAAACACGUUUUACGUUUGAAUUUUUCACCAUGCUCAUGACUCUUGUCAUUAUCAAGUUGUGGAUGUGUCUGUCAAAUUCUCAAUAAACUUGUCUCAACCGCUAUUAUAUUCUUA